AUAAAAGGAAGGGAGGUCUGCGAGCCGCCCUCUCCCAGCCAUACGAAAAAAAAAAACGAAACUCGCAACAACCCAACCCACACUCCCCUCACCAACACCACACCACAGAUCACAACAAAGAUGGCCACCACAGGAGCAGCACCCAGCAUCACCCGCGCGGUCGCCGAAGACCCCGGAGCACUGGCCGCCGCACACGAGAUCGCCGCCAAGCACGCCGCCGAGCGUGAAGCCGCCGAAGCCAACAACCCCACAGGCACCGUCAACGCCGCCUCCCCCGAACUCCUUGCGCACCCCAAGAAAUUCACCGUCAAGAUCAUCCAAGCCCUGGGCGUGAAAGCGCCCGCCCCCGAAGACCGCGGCGACCACCAACUCUACGUCGUGCUCCGGCAAGGCGCGCAAAAGUUCAUCUCGCUCCACAAAGACCGUAAAGACGGCGUGGACGUCCCCUUCAACGAAACGUUCGAGAUCAUCGUUGGCGGGACGGAGAGUCUGAACGGGAUCGCGGUGGAUCAUAACCAGAGCACACAUGCUGUGAAGACGCAUAAGGAGCCGACUGCGGCCGAGAAGGCGCAGGCGGAGAAGGGGAAGAAGCAUGAGCAUCAGGAGAAGGUGCACCCGGCGGACCCGACGCUGACGGUGGAGCUGUUUGAUAAGGAUACGUAUGGAGUGGAGGAUAAGUCGUUUGGAAAGGCGAAGUUUGAUUUGAGCAAGGCGACGGAGCAGCCGCAGGAUGUUGAGUUGCAGCUCCACCACGCGUUGCACAGACAUAUCCCCAAGGUCCACCUCCAAAUCUCCCUCGCCGGUACCGUAUAAAGAAAGAAUGCGAGGACAUUGAUCGCAACACCACAUCCGCCAUUCACCACGACACACCGUCCAUAACACCCCCCAAUCGUCGUACAGAUAAUGGACUCCAUAGAUCGUGCAACGCUCUCACUCUGUGUACAUAGACGCCAGCACCUUGUACAUCACAUUUUUGUCGUAGCGAUAACCCCACAUAAGGCGUAUCAAUCUUUUUCUUUUCUUUUCUUUUCAUGAACGAUAUGUUGGUAUCAUCUCGAGAGUUCUUUUCGAUCAUCGAAAAAUGUGAUUUUUGGACUUUGAGUGCAAGUGGAGCAGUUUGUUCAU